UGGUCAGUUUUGUCAUUACUCAGGUUGCCUGUUGGUUUUUAUAGUAUUGGAGACGUGGGGAGAACAUACAAACUCCUUGCAGGAUCAGGCAUAAAUGAGAAGUAUGGGGGGGGGGGUGAUGCUCAGCAGAGUUACACUUGUAAGAAAAUAGCUGAAUGAAGAAAGAACACAGAAUCCAAGGGAAAGCCAGGGACGGAGAGGCAGUGAGAUGAGGAGGAGGAAAACUAUAGUUGAGCAUGAAAGAGAAUAUGAGCGGAAUGGGUGAGGGAGGAGUCUUCCCCAGAGGUAGAGAGAAUGGAGAAGGCAAAGAGGAAGGGCAAAACAUUAAAACCAGAGAAAGAAAUGCUGGGUGCUACAGAACUGCUGUAAGGAGGGGUCACGGAGAGCCAGGGGCUCACACCUACAUGCACAACCUGCAGAGGUGCCACUGACCUUGGCACACACACAGCGGGCAAGGUUUGCACUGAGCUUAUCCCACCUCUCUGCCAGCUGGAUGAGACUUGUACUUCUGCUCCCACUCCUAACAAUCUCACAGGCUGCCAGCCAGGUGCUGGAGAGAACCGUGGAGGAAUGGAUGAGAUACAGGGAUGAGUGUUACAAAAGGAUGGCCAGCACUCCUCACCCCUCCGGGCUGCAUUGUAAUCGUACGUUUGAUAUGUACGCCUGCUGGCCAGAUGGCACCCCGGGAACUAUCACUUAUGUACCGUGCCCCUACUACCUCCCUUGGUUCCAGAAAGUUAGCCAUGGGCUACUAUCACAACGCUGUGGGAAGGAUGGGCUCUGGGUAAAGGGGAACAGAUCACAAGCCUGGAGGAAUGUAUCACAGUGCGAAGAUGAUACGGAGGUGACAGCAGAAGAGGUGGAGACACGGGACCUGUUGCUAAGUUUCAGGGCACUGUACACUGUGGGAUACUCUGUCUCUCUGCUGACACUUAUCUCAGCCCUGUUGAUUCUCACCAUGUGCAGGAAACUGCGCUGCACCAGAAAUAGCAUCCACGCCAACUUGUUUGCAUCCUUCGCUCUUCGUGCGGUCUCUGUCAUUGUAAAGGAUGUUCUUCUGGCAAAGCGGUGGGGCAUGCAGAUCACUGAAGUCUCAGACUGGGAAGUCCUGAUUAGUGACCAAGCUGCGAUUGGCUGUCGCAUUGCACAGGUUGUUAUGCAGUACUGCAUCCUGGCCAAUCACUACUGGUUUGUGGUAGAAGCGGUGUACCUAUACAAGUUGCUGAUUGGAGCAGUGUUCUCAGAGAAGAACUAUUACACAUUAUACUUGUAUCUGGGAUGGGGAACUCCAGUUCUGUUUGUGGUUCCUUGGGUGACAUUAAAAUACCUGAAAGAGAACUCAGAGUGCUGGGCACUAAAUGAGAACAUGGCAUAUUGGUGGAUAAUCCGCAUACCCAUUCUGCUAGCCUCACUGAUAAACCUUGUCAUUUUUAUGAGAAUUUUGAAGGUGAUAUUGUCCAAGCUGCGGGCCAAUCAGAAAGGAUACGCAGACUACAAGCUCAGAUUGGCUAAGGCCACACUGACGCUGAUUCCACUUUUUGGAAUUCAUGAGGUUGUGUUUAUCUUUGCCACAGAUGAACAAACGUCUGGAAUCCUGCGCUACAUCAAGGUCUUCUUUAACCUCUUUCUCAACUCCUUCCAGGGUUUCCUGGUGGCUGUGCUCUAUUGCUUUGCUAAUAAAGAGGUGAAAUCAGAGAUUCACAAGAAAUGGCGGCUUUGGCAGGCAGACAGGAAAGCUCUCGUCUGCCCACGAUGACUGCAGUCCCAAUCCAAGCUGCCGAGUCCAAGUACAACGCCGCAGUAAAGCAGGGUUCUCCAAUGUCUGUGGCGCAGCACGGGGAUGGUCUAUAUUGUAUGUAGUGCCUGACACCAGAGGGACGCACAGGAGGAGCAGGGUUGCAAUAAAAAUGGAACUUGAACCA